AGCGUCGCCGUCGUUUAAGAUGGAAAGUCGUGCCCCCCGACCCAACACCAAGCCUACUAACAAUAAAUAAACCACAAUGUACAUAGACUAGUGAGACUUUGAAGCGAAAAUAAGUGAUAGUUGACACAAACAAUGGGAUCAAUCGUUUUAAAAUCCCUCUCAAUACUAUUAGGACUGUUUUUCAUUUUCGUGGGAUUUAUCAAACUGUCCAGUUACAUCUCCAAGGACCUGCAUAAAGACUUGCGAAAGGAAUACGUCAAAUAUGCGAAAGUCUUCCCGUUGUCGGAAGCCCUGGACUUCAAGAUCCCCUCGAAAUGGUACCGCAGAACCGUGGGCACCUUGGAAAUAGUCUGCGGGGUCGCGAUGGCUUUCGUGCCCAAUCAUAAAGUGAAAAAUGGGGCGAAUUUGUGCCUGCUGGUGCUCACCCUCAUGGCUGUCUAUUCCCACUACAUGGUGGCCGAUAAAUUGGAACGGACAGCACCAGCCCUUGUAUUUUUAUUCAUGUUAAGUGGCCGACUUGUUGUUUAUUACCAGCUUACAAGGCGAGAAGCUGAAAGGCCUGAAGCGACAGUCAAUGGAUUCAAACAGGAGUAAAGUGUUCAAAAACUGUCGAAAUCGCGUCCAACAAUAAACAAGUCUGCGGACACACCAAAUUCACUUGAUUGUUUAUUGUUUUAGAUUUAUGCAAAUAAAUAACAAAAUGCGUUACUAAAAACAAGAAUUAGUUUAUGUGCAAUAUUAUUGUUGUCUGUCUGAUGUACAAAUUGUGAAACAUAAAUAGACAUUUUUAUCUCACUGCCAUUUAAUGGACGUAAUAAAAAAUCUUAUAUCAA